AUGCAAUUUGAUGAAAAUGGAAAAGCUGUUAAACAAUACAUUGGAGAAGGUGAAAAUGGUCCAAUUAAUUCAUACCGUUAUAAUCCAUAUUCUUAUUUCAAUGAAGAAUUAAAUGCUAUUGAAGAGGGACCGGAUGGAUUACCACGAUAUUCUAACCAGUUUGAUGGUCAAUAUGCAAAUAUUAGACCUGAAAUUUCAGCUAAGAAAUUCUUUAAAGUUGCUUUAUUCGAUCCAGUUUUCGCAAAUGUUAAAGAUGAACUUAAACAUCAAUUCCAACCAAUUAUAGUAGCAAGAAUUGCAUCAGGUGCUUUAUCUCAAGCAUUCAAAGAUUUAAUUAAGAAACCAUUAUAUCAGCAACGAGGUUUAACUUAUGAUUUAGUUAAGGAAUCAGAUAAAAGAAAAUUUGAGAAAUCAGAUGAUUAUAAGAAUGCAAUUAAUGAAUAUAUUAGGUCUAUUAAUUACAAUGAACCAGCUAAAAAUCAACUUCAAGAACAAAUACAGGGAAUAAUAGAUUCAAAACUUCCAGCAAAAUAA